AUUACCCGUUUCCUAUUCGAUCUGUGUCCAACUACUAGCGUCGUCCCUCGAGGCCAGCUGAUGAGUGGUUUGUACCUGUGGAGGAGAAACACAGGUAAAUUGAAUGCUAGUGUUCCCUUCUCACCCUAAUGGUCACGGGUGCUUGGAGGAAAAUGUCGGAUUUAUUUUGGGCAAGAAAAAAGUUUCACAUUUGGAAUAAAAACACCCUGCAAGACGAACUUGAGCCGAAUGUUCUCGGUACUGCUUGCUGCCGUACUCUUGGGACUGGGACAUUCUGGAGGCAGUGUAUUGUCGACGAAAAUAGUCGUCCUCAUCGACAGGGAUUUGUAUGUCGACUUCUUCUCACGUGAUUGGUCAUCCCUAUUAUCAGCUGCAUACAAUGUAUCUUCAUCAGAGAUUCUGACUUAUCGGAUGAACAAUAAAAACACCGCUUUCCAUAUCUCUUCGCUCUGUGGAAAAUUCAAGGGUGACGUUGUCGUCAUACUUGACACGACUCCCUCGUGCACGUUUGCCAACGUUGCUGCCACCUUGUUCAGACAUUACAUACGGGUGUCCAACAGAAAGUGUAACGGUCAUAAAGUAAUAGACAUACGUCCCGAUCUUACAUUUUACAGCGAGGCUGCAUUAAACUUCACUAACCUAGGAAUAACAACAAUAGCCAAGACUGCCUUCCUCUAUGAUGACAUCUUUGGUAAUGGCAGUAUCCCGGAUGUUCUGUAUCGUGAGGUACCAAACGUCCUCACUCGGAAGAUGAUGAUGACAUCGGACAACAGCUUGGCGUCAUGGCUAACCCAGCUGGCAUUAGGGAAAACACUGCGUUAUAUUGUUGCAGUGGGAACAAAGUCAUCCCUCGAAAUCCUGCUGGAAGUGGCUUGUCAAGUAGGUGUCCCCGAUACCUUUCACUGGGUCGUAGUUCUUACCGACUCAUUACAGUUCAACAUGCCAAGCUGCCCCAUCAAGCACCUGGUCAUGUUCCGCCACCGUCUGACGUGGAACAACGUUCCAGGUGCUCACACCAAUGGCAGUAUAGAUACUGGUUUUCUCAUUGAUGGUUUAGCGACAGCCAUGACGAUUUUAAGCAGCCAGAUUGACGAUCACUAUAACAACCAAUGUAGUGAGACCUGUAUUUCAGCAGAAGGCGACGUUUCUGAGCUACACACUGACACAUAUCCUGGAAUCACUGGUAAUAUAUCGUUGUCGCCUUCGCGGACUGAAACUAUGGUGUUGGAGCUGUUAAAGGAUAAUUAUUUAAGGACAAACCAAACAGCAGUAAGUACGAAUGUAUAG